AUGAAGUUUGGGAAGAGCAUUUGCAUCCUGAACGUGGGUGGCACCAAAUACGCCUUCCCAAUGGAUGUGAUAAAGGAUUUUCCUCUCAGGAGGGUAAGUCGGCUGCACAACUGCGUCUCCGAGAAAGAAGUCUUGGAAGUCUGCGACGAUUACGACCGGGAGCGGAACGAGUUUUUCUUCGACAGGCACUCCGAAGCCUUCGUGUUCAUCAUGCUGUACGUGAAGUCCGGCAAACUGAGAUUUGUCCCGCAGAUGUGCGAACUCUCCUUCUACAACGAAAUGAUCUACUGGGGACUGGAGAGCUCUCAUCUGGAGUUCUGCUGCCAGCGUCGUCUGGACGACAGGAUGAGCGACACUUACACCUACUUCUCAGAGGAGGAUAUUAAAACGGAGGAAGAGUCGAGGGACGAGGACGACCUGGACAACCCGGCUGGUGCUGGGAGGGGAAGCGCCAAGUGGCUGGAGAGGAUGCGCAGGACUUUCGAGGAGCCGACAUCGUCCGUAGCCGCUCAGAUUCUGGCUUCGGUCUCCGUUAUUUUUGUGAUUAUGUCCAUGGUGAUACUGUGCGCCAGUACUCUGCCGGACUGGGAUACUGCCAAGAACAACAGCGUGGAAGAUCGUGAGCGUUAUAGGGCUGGCCUGGCAGGCGAGCCGUCGGGGAUCAUCGAGGCAGUGUGCAUCGGCUGGUUCACGGCAGAGUGCAUUGUGCGCUUCAUCGUCUCCAGGGACAAGUGCGAGUUCGUGCGGCGGCCGCUCAAUAUCAUCGACCUGCUGGCCAUCACGCCCUACUAUGUCUCCGUGGUGAUGACGGUGCUGACGGGCGAGAACUCGCAGCUGCAGCGGGCGGGCGUCACCCUGCGCGUGCUGCGCAUGAUGCGCAUCUUCUGGCUCAUCAAGCUGGCGCGGCACUUCCUGGGGCUGCAGACACUGGGGCUGACGCUGAAGCGCUGCUACCGCGAGAUGGUGAUGCUGCUGGUGUUCGUCUGCGUGGCCAUGGCCAUCUUCAGCGCCCUGGCCCAGCUGCUGGAGCACGGCCUCGACCUGGAGGCCAGCAACGAGGACUACGCCAGCAUCCCGGCCGCCUGCUGGUGGGUUAUUAUCUCCAUGACGACCGUCGGCUAUGGAGACAUGUACCCCAUCACCAUGCCCGGCCGGGUGCUGGGCGGAGUGUGCGUGGUCAGUGGGAUCGUGCUCCUGGCGCUGCCCAUCACCUUCAUCUACCACAGCUUCGUGCAGUGCUACCACGAGCUCAGGUUCCGAUCCGCCCGCUGCUCCAGGAGCAUCUCCACGGAGUUCCUAAACUGACCCACCCCCACCGGUCAGCUGGUACCCCACCUCUCACUUGUUAACUGGUUCCCCAUUCCUCACCAGCUAACUGGUUCCUUACCUCUCACUAGCAAACCAGUUUCCCAACUCAGACUGGCUAACCGGAUCCCCAGCGAGUGGCUUACUGGUUCCCCACCUCUCACUGGCAAACUAAUAUCCGGCCUCUGACUGUCCUGAUCCACGCCCAUACUGGAGACACCAGAAGAGACACUGAGAGAAAUGUACUGGGGACAUGAACAGAGCCUUCUUAGAGCCUUAAAAAGGAUUUCUCAAUGACCUCCUC